UCAACAAGAGGAAAUUGCACAUGAUUUCUUGGAAGGAAACCUGCAAACCUAAAAUUUAUGGGGGGCUUGGUAUUCCAUCUAUCGAAGCUCUUUAUUUUGCCUGUGGAUGCACUGUUGUUUGGAGGUUUUAUAAUUCCAAAAGUUUUCUUUUUAGCUGGUGGAAGGAAAAAUAUGGGUCUUUUUGGAAUGCCAAGAUUACUAAAAGCUCUUUUUAUUGGAAAGCUCUAUGUGAUGUGGCCAAAAGUUUGCAGCAUUCCCUAAAUUUUAAAAUUAUACCCAACAGCAAUCUGUCAUUUUUUUGGGACCCUUGGUGCUUUGGGCUAACUGUGGCUGAUAGGCUUGAGCAAGCUAAUCUUUACUCUACCAUCAGUCCCUCUAUUACAAAUUCAAAAGUUAACUGGUUUAUCUCUACUGAUAGUUGGAAUUCUGCUUUACCUGUUCCUUCGAAUUUAGAUGUUUUGAUUCGAUCAAUUCCCAUUACUAAUGAUACUGUUGAAUGUUGCUGGACUAAACCUUAUAAACCGUCUUUC